GACUGCUCUGCCUGCUGGAGUGUGACGGCCUAAGGACGGGUCGAUUGUGAGAAGCCAGGCACCCUCCCUCCCCUCCCUUCUGGUCAAGUUCCUUGUAAGUGAAGCUCACUCGCUCUCUGAGGACCAACCUCACUGAUGACUGGGAAGCAAAGAGUACCCAAGAAAGCACUUUUACCACGGACUCCACCUCAGGAGCAUCAGAAACUCAUCUUCUAAGUAAAAUCUGUGCCCCUUCUGUGCAGACCCCAUGUCUGCUGCAAUGGAUACAGAAUCAACAUACUCGGGAUACUCCCACUACUCAGGUCACUCCAAAAAAGCCCACAGACAAGGGAGUCGGGACAGGCACAAAUCACCACGAAGCAAAGAUGGCAGUCGGUCUGAGAAGUCUGUCACUAUCCAGACACCUCCUGCGGAGCCACUGCUUGGGAACGAUGCCUCUCGGGCGGAGGAGGGCCAGGAUGACAACUGGGGUGAGACCACAACAGCAAUCACAGGCACCUCUGAGCACAGUAUUUCCCAGGAGGACAUUGCCCGGAUCAGUAAGGAUCUGGAGGACAGCGUUGGGUUGGACUGCAAACGUUACCUGGGCUUAACAGUGGCAGCUGUUCUUGGACUCCUUGUCUUCCUUACCCCCAUCGCCUUCAUUCUGUUACCCCAGAUCCUGUGGCGGGAUGAUCUGGAGCCGUGUGGUACUGUCUGUGAGGGACUUUUCAUCUCUGUGGCGUUUAAACUCCUCAUUCUUCUGAUUGGGACCUGGGCUCUGUUCUUCCGUCAGCCCAAGGCAGAUUUACCAAGGGUGUUUGUGUUUCGGGCCCUUCUGUUGGUCCUCAUAUUCCUGUUUGUGUUUUCCUACUGGCUGUUUUACGGCGUACGCAUCUUGGACUCGAAGGACACCAACUACCAAGGAAUAGUACAGUAUGCGGUGUCUCUGGUGGAUGCUCUGCUCUUCAUUCACUACCUGGCCAUUGUGCUGCUGGAGCUACGGCAGCUGCAGCCCAUGUUCACUGUCAAGGUAGUUCGGUCGACGGACGGAGAGUCGCGAUACUACAGCUUGGGGCACUUGAGCAUCCAGCGAGCUGCACUGGUGGUUCUGGAAAAUUACUACAAAGAUUUCACAGUCUACAACCCAGCCUUGUUAACAGCCUCCAAAUCCCGUGCAGCCAAGCACAUGGCUGGCCUGAAAGUCUACAAUGUUGAUGCUGUCCUUGCCUUCAAACUGAAAACAUAUAUAAUGGGUGGCCCAGGUAACAAUGCAUCGGGGCAAUCCCGUGCCAUGAUUGCGGCCGCAGCCCGUCGCAGGGACUCCAGUCACAACGAGCUCUACUAUGAAGAGGCCGACCACGAGCGCCGGGUGAAAAAACGCCGUGCAAGGCUUGUGGUUGCAGUAGAAGAGGCUUUCACUCACAUCAAACGCCUCCAGGCAGAGGAACAGCAGAAAUCUCCAGGAGAGAUGAUGGACCCCCGAGAAGCAGCCCAGGCAAUCUUCCCCUCCAUGGCAAGAGCUCUGCAGAAGUACCUUCGCACCACACGCCAGCAGCAGUACCACAGUAUGGAGAGCAUCUUGCAGCACUUGUCCUUCUGCAUCACCAAUAACAUGACACCAAAGGCAUUCCUGGAGCGUUACCUCAACCCGGGCCCAACCCUCCAGUACGACAGGGAUCGCUGGUUCUCCAAGCAGUGGACACUCGUCAGCGAGGAAGCGGUCACAAGCGGGUUACAAGAUGGCAUCGUGUUUGUCCUCAAGUGCUUGGACUUCAGCCUUGUUGUUAAUGUGAAGAAAAUCCCCUUCAUCAAACUCUCAGAAGAGUUCAUAGACCCUAAGUCUCAUAAAUUUGUCCUCCGCUUACAGUCUGAGACUUCAGUCUAAGGGGUUUUGAGGGUGGGUUGUCUGGGGAUUUUUUUUUUUUUUCAAUAUUGUGCUUUUGGGUUUAAUUUCCCCAAUGCUGACUGAAACUGGCAGAUGAUGGACCAGUAAUAUUUGACCAUCUGCACUUUAUUUGGAAAAGGGAGGGGGAAGCUGGGAUAUCUUAUCUAGAAGAAAUAUCUUAAGAGGCGACAGGGUGACUUGGCUCGGUUAGCUCAGCCUUGGAGACAGAACAGAUUUUUUUUUUUUCUUUCCCCACGCCCCUUUCCAGGCAUACUGUAAAUCUCAUGCUUGCUCUUUCUCCGCACGACUGCAGCGUUGGUAUUUUUGUUGGAGCGCUGCCUUACGCCCUGCGCUUUUGUAUUUCUGCUUUUGCUACCUGUAGCUGUUUCUGAGAGCGCGUUGCUCCACCUCUCUCUGCUAUAGCAACCUGCUUGCAGCAGGGCAUGGCAGUCCCUGUUCACUCAGGGAGGAGAGGGUAUCACAGUCAGGGUAGGAGAGGGCUGCUUCUGUGAGCCACCUGAUGUGGAGACUGAAGACUUUUAUUCUUUUCCUCCUCUCCAUGUGCCCUCUUCUGUCAGUGUACCUGUAUGAGCGUAGCGGAUGGUUUUGCUCUCUCUGUCUCUGUGAAGUUGCUUUGUCUUGAACUGGAUCAGCCCAUCUUGCAGCUCUUCAAAAUUUUAUUUUUUUUAUCAGUGCUUGUUAGUGAAACUGUGUGUGACACAGCUCCCUGUUAUCUCUUACCUGCUUUCCUUUCUCCUGCUUGCCUGCAUCUUUGUCGGGCACUCCCAAGGCUCCCUGUUUCUGUCCCCUUCUGUCUGGCUUUCUGAAUGUUUCUCCAGCCACGGUCCCCUCGGGGUCUGCCUUACUGCUGCUUUCUUUUGCACCUGCAAGGGCUGCAUGUUUGCACUGGGACAGGGUAGGUAAGUAGCUGGCUACUCCUCAGAUAAAUCACAGACCCUCCCUAUGACUGACAGCCUCUUUGAGGGCAAGGGGGGGGUGCAGGCAGGAAUGUGCCUCUCCCUCUCUAGCUGGCUUCAAGGGUGUCUGGAGGAAAAGACGGGCAAAAGCACUUCCCUCCUUGAAGAGAGGAGCCAGGGAAGGGCUGACCUCUGCCACGUGCACUUGCUUUGGAGAACUGCUGUGCUCUGGAAACACUGCAGUGUGUCCUUUCCCACCGUACGCCUUCAGCUGUAGUUAAGAAAUACCAAACUAUUUCUGAAUGUUGAAAAUCUACCUGCUUUUCUUGGUCUUUCUGUGCUGCAGGAGUUUCUGCUCAGUUCUGGGAUCUGCUUCCAAGAGGUGCAGUUUUGUUUGUAAGGCUGCCUUUGCCCAUCAGUCCAGCUUUCAUGUGCAACUUCAGCAUCACAUGGGUUCUGUGGGGUUUUGGAAGGUUUUUAUGUUUUAAUGAUGAGCCUGAAGCGGUGCCUGAACUCCGAUUGCUGGCACAGGGCAUCGUGACUCUGGAAGCAGCUCUGAGGCUGGCAGUGACCUGCCUUCACUCAGGUCCCUCUGAGACGCACCCCCACGCCAACUCUGUGGCAGUGGAUUUGCAUGUGUGAAUGCAAAUGCUGGGUUCCUUCUGCUCAGUCUUUUACCACGCAAAUAUCUCUUUCAGGCAGGAUCUGACUGUGCCCUCAAUACCCAUGUCUUAACACAGAGGGCCUCAGUUCAGCAAGGUAAAGCCAGUGCCUUUCAUUGCCAGGGUACAGCAUCUUCCCAGGGGCUGUGACAACCCCUAUUGUCCCCUUUGGCCUUCCCUGAGCUGCUUCCAUGCUCCCACCAGUGCAUGGUGGCCAGUGCCCACCACAGGCUGGUGGGAGGGAGCAGCCACCUUAAGCAGGGGUGUUGGGUUCAGGGCGGGGGGGGUCCAGCCUCUUUCAGCUUCAGCAGCAACGAAGCCGCGUGUCCAAUGGCACCUGCGGACAGUCCCCUCAGGAUCAAGGGAGCAUCCUGGUGAGCGAGGGUCCAAAGUGGAGAUUCCCCAUCCAGGUGACAGCUGCAGUGUCCUGCACCUUUCUUACAAGUGCGUGGUAGUCACCUGGAUCCUCUCUUCUCCACAUAAUGUGCCAGAUGGGGUUGUGAAGAAACUAAAUGACUUGGUACAUGAUAGGAUCAAGCCCGUGUUCCUUAAAGGAUGGGAAAUAGGUAGAGUUUUCCCUUCUCUAAACUUUGUGUUUGGGUUUCUUUGUAAGUCAGGCUUUCUGGUAGUCUGUUUGGGAACUCAUGUAUUGACUGGGGCCUUUGCAGUAUUUUGUUUUGAAAAAAUAGGUUGGUUUAUUACUUUUUUUUAAAAACAAAAAAAACAAUGGGGGAAGCAUAUAGUAUCUCCCACUUGGCUCUCCUAAAGUAUCUGAAUUUCAUGAUGUGCAUAACCAGCAAGGUGGGAGAGACUGGGACUAGCUUGGAAGACUAUGGAGCAGUUACACCUGCGUGGAGGCUACUGCCUGUGGCUGAAUUGGCUCAUUUCUGUGAAGCCAGAACAAGAACCACCUUGCUGGGGGCUUGGGUGUGCCAUGUGCGUGAGAGCACCUUGUCACAGGCACCUCCACAAAACUUCCUUACUUUCCCAGGAUUUCCUUCCCCUUUUCCCUCCCCCACGAGGGGGGUUGUCUGACAGUAUCUGCUCAGGAAACUCAUGUCUUAAUUGCAUUAAAUCCUUGAACACACAGAGAGCCAGACGGAAGUGGCGUGUGCUCACGCUGCAUCUGCUUCCUCGUCUGUGCGCCGUGGUUCAGCACUGCCUUUUCUGCCUGCUGUCGAAAAGGACGUUGUCAAGGGAGGGGGGCACAAGCUCUGCCUUGUGUCAGCAGCAUGAAUGUUGCCUGAUGAAAUCUGAAGGAGAGGACGUGGCCUCUUGAACGGUCUCUUUAGAGAUGCAGCCUGCUGAGGGGUGAGGAGAGACUAAAAGGGGGCUUGGGACUCCUGGUAGGGUGUUUUUUAUGACAUUUUAUUUUUCAGGGUCUCUCUUGUUCCCCCUCUCCGUGCAAAGUCAGGGGAGCAAUGUCAUAACUACCUCACUGAGGUGUUGUGAGGCUAAACUCAACUUGUCGUCAAGUGCUUUGAGAUGCACAGAUGGAUCUGUGGCAUCUAUAGGAAUUCAGACUUUAUGAAAAUGCUGAGUGGUGGGAGCAGACUGGUUUGUUUAACUCUGUUUAUAGCCAGCUAAUGAGUAAGAAUCGAAUCACAGAGAACGAAGCUCUGAUCCAAAUCAUGCAGUCCUUACUUUUGCAGAGCUUGCCAAGAGCUCAGCAUAAAUAAGGCUUGUAGGGCUUGCCAGCCAAGCGCAGGCUGUUUUCCUCCAAAUGCCUCUCCUAUCCACACUGUCUCCUUGCACAUAUUCUCCCUCCUCUCUCCCAGCCUGGAUGGUUGUACCUUGCUGAGAAUUAGGGUUUUUUUAGCAUUCAAAUGGUUUAUAAGACAACCCUGUUUGUGGUGAAGUGGAAAAUGUCCCCCUCAGAGGAGAUGCUUGCACUGGACAUCCUUCACUAAAGGCUGAACCAUUUGGUAGGGUGCUGUAUUGCCUAGCCAGGAUUGGUGUUGCCCCACUCCUCUUUUCCAUGUUGGCGUUUUUCCUGUGACUUUCAAGUAUGCUGCUCAUACACUUCAAAGGCUUUGUUUUUGCUCUCAGGCUUGUUACAGCCUAAAUCCAAAACCAUGCUGAGAUCUUCCCAAACCAGAUGCAGCUAAAACUUUCAACUGUUCCAGAGCAGAUGGAAACGGCUCUGGGUUUCCACGAAGUCUGGCUUUCUCUUUCAUGGCUAAAGAGUGAAAAAGUCAGAUUUCUUUCAGCUUCUGUUGGUGUAGGGGGAGAUACUAGCCCCUUAAUACCAGUCCUGUAGCUAGGCCUGGGCAAGUUGUUAGCACAUCUGUUUGCUCCUCUUUGCCAUGUGGCUGCAGCCAUCCAUGCGUAGGCUUGGUGGGGCUACCUUGGGUCUCGGACUCCUUUCCUGCUCACGGGAGCAGAGCAGGCGGCGGUCUCAGAAGUGUUAGCAUCCUAGUACUGCCCUCCAUAGUGUGCCUGGUCCCUGACCCAGCCCCCAUGGUCAGCCUGGGGAGGUGGGGGGGGCUGCUGUCAAAUUUUCACCCUGGGGCAGGGGAGAUGUUGCCACCCACAGAGCCCUGUAGGCAGCAGGGGAGCUGGGAAGGGGGGCACUGUGUGGAAAGUUGAUGUGGUGCAGCUUGUGCAUAGAGUGGGGUCAUCUACUCCUGGGGUUGUCCUGGGUGCCUUCAGGAGCAACCCCCUCUGAAAGGAGGUCUUAGAGAAAAAGGCAGAUCUUAGCCUCUGCCAGCUAUUCCUCUAACUUCUGCCUCAAAACACUUUCCUGCCAGCAACUUCAGUCACUCCAGCUCCCAUCCUCCCCUUGCUGUGUCUUUUUCCCCAAAGUUCCCAGGCGAGGCAGAACAAGUAUCUGCUGGGGUGGGAGGUGCUAGGUUUGGAGCUUGGGGGCAGCUUGUGAUAAGGUGCAAGUUUGGGGGAGAUCAAAACAAAUACCAACCCUCACGGAGCCUCUUAACCUUUUCCUUUGGGAUGGGGAUCUCCACACAAAGCCUCGGGUAUCUGCUGUUGCCAACUAUGCCUAAAGCUGCAGGGAAGCAGUUUCUGAAGCUGGCCCUGCAAAAGCAGCGUUUAAAAGUCUUGUUUGAGAUGUGCUGGUUUCCAACACUUGCUGCUGAAGAAACCAGAAAGGUCCAUAUCUGGCAAAACGUGGAAACCUAUUGAAGCUGAUUUCAUCUUGCUUACCAAAACUUGUAAAUGUGCCCUUGUCAAAGGUAAAACAAAAUUCUUGCAGUCUUUGGCAAAAAUGCUGUAGUCUGGCCCUAGACUCCACUCUUCAGUUGCGCUCAGCUCUGCCCUGCCGUAUGAAAGCUGUUCCUGAGGUGUGUGUGGAGAUCUCUGCUUUCUCACUCAGCUUGUGUGUGUCUCUGUGCUUUUUUCCUUAGAAGUGUGUGCAUUAUACAUGUCGAAAGCCUCAAGACAGGCUUGGUGGUUCAGUGUUUAAACUGUGUUAAGAAGGAAACACUCUUGGGUUUAAGGUGUUUGUUGGUGUUUGGGUUUUUUUUUU